AUGCAUGAAAGAGUGAAUCGUGCAGAAAGACAAUUUAGGACUCUUCCAGCCAUGCAACAGAAAUUAUUACCUCAGUUUCUUCCUCAUCUUGACAAGAUUCGAAAAUGUGUUGAUCACAAUCAAGGGAUCUUGCAGUCUAUUGUGAAUGACUGUACCCGAAUGUUUGAAAAUAGAGAAUAUGAUGGUGAUGGAAAUGGAAAGAUUACACCAGCUUCAACUUUUGACAUGGAUAAAUUAAAAUCCACUCUGAAACAAUUUGUAAGAGAUUGGAGUGAAACUGGGAAACCUGAGAGAGAUUCUUGCUAUCAGCCUAUCAUUAAUGAAAUUGUAAAGAAUUUUCCAAAAGAGAUAUGGGAUCUCUCCAAAGUAAAUGUCCUGGUACCUGGUGCUGGGCUAGGUAGAUUGGCCUGGGAAAUAGCUAUGCUUGGUUACACUUGCCAAGGAAAUGAAUGGAGCCUGUUUAUGCUCUUUUCUUCUAAUUUUGUACUCAACAGAUGCUGUGAAACUAAUUCAUAUAAAUUAUAUCCCUGGAUUCAUCAGUUUAGCAAUAACAGGAGAUCUGCUGAUCAAACACAGCCAAUUUAUUUCCCGGAUGUUGACCCUCACAGUCUUCCUCCUGGUGCCAACUUUUCUAUGACAGCAGGCGAUUUUCGAGAAAUCUACUCUGAGAGUAAUAUAUGGGACUGCAUAGCAACCUGUUUCUUCAUAGACACGGCACACAAUGUCAUUGAUUACAUUGAUACAAUAUGGAAAAUACUUAAACCAGGAGGAAUAUGGAUCAAUUUAGGUCCUCUUCUUUAUCAUUUUGAAAAUUUAGCAAAUGAAUUAUCUAUUGAAUUGAGCUAUGAGGAUAUAAAAAGUGUAAUAUUACAAUAUGGAUUCCAUAUUGAGAUGGAGAAUGAAUCUGUUUUGACAACAUACACUGUGAAUGAAUUAUCUAUGAUGAAAUACUAUUAUGAAUGUGUGAUGUUUGUGGUUAGGAAACCAGAAAGCUGUAUCUGAAACGGACUGUCCAAAAAGAACAUUGCUGGCAUUUUUGUUAACAAUGUUAGCAGAACAUGAAGUGGCCUGUAAGGGAUGACUGGACCCAGCCUCUUAUUAGUGGUGCCUUUUUAUUCCUAACAGAAUGUAACACUCUUUAUUUUCUACACUCCUUAUGAUAUCCAGACAUGCAUUUCUGCAUUACUUAUAUUUGGGUCAUUUGGGAAUUCAAAUAUUUAUGUAUCUGCUCUUUCUGUUUUAAUUGGUAAUUUUGGAAAGAUGGGUAUUUUAAUACAUUAUUGACAUUCAUCACUCCAUAAUAUACCUUUGUCUGAAAGAAACGCUACUGGAUACAAAACUGAACCCCCCUCACCACACACAUAUUGUUUAGAAAACAAAUAUA